UCAGGAAAUCGCCAAUCGGACUCGAAGAUGCCAAACGAAGACGAGAUCAAUCGUGAGGCCGAGCGUGCGGAAGACGACGAUGAUGACGCACCAGAUGAGUGGGACAAGAGAAUCUUCAGCACAGGCUGCUCCGAGGAGAAUGCGAAACUGAACGACUGUUUCCGUGAGAAGAAGGACUGGCGAGCUUGCAAAGACGAGAUGGAAGCCUUCAAGCAGUGCUGGAAGCGGCAGGGGAAUGACGACAGGACGGAUUCGAAGAAUGCUUGACACAAAAGAGAGAUAUCUUGCCGCAGUGGCCGGAAAGCACAUAAAAGUGGCUGCACUCUAGUUGGUCACCAGAUAUCACGAUCACACGAUGGACCAUGAUGAUUGGACCGCGUAUACAUGUCACUGAAUCCGACCUCGUCGCAAAGAACUACAUGUCCCUAUCCUAUGAUUGUCCACUUCCAAAGACAUGUCCUGGUUGUAGUCGAGUUGAUGCAUACAAAGGCCU